UCGACUGUCACACUCGGUGCCUGCCUCUUGUAGUCUUGUGUCUUGUUUUAUAUUGUAGGUUAGACUGAACACGCGAGUGAUUGUUUACUUCUGUUUUGUUGUUUUGUGCUUUAUUUUGUUAGAAUAAAGUAAUGUCUAUUGAGAAGAAUUCUGUAAUGCAGAAGAAGAGAAAUAAAAACAAGAAAAAGAUUAAUGCAAAUCAAGAUGGACCAAGUAAUGAGAGCCCUGAUAAAUCAAACGUUCAAAACGGAUCAGUUGCUGGAUUGUCUGGCUCAUUAAUAGGACAAAAGAGGAAAUUGGAAGGACAGAAAAUGGAAGUGUUGAACAGAAAAAAGAAAAAGAAACUUAGACAUGUUCCCGAAACCAUUAAUGAAGAGAAAGAUGAGGAAGAAAACAUAACAAGUGAAUCCUCAGAGAAUACCAACAUUCCAGAGCCAGUCAUGAAAAAGAAGAAGCAAAAGAAGAAAACACAGCUAACAACAACUGAAGAGAGUGAAAAUAGUGGCAAAUUAAACGAGAGUAGCGAUAGUAAAGAGAAUAAUACAGAUGUCAAAGAAGCUCAAAGCAAUGACGUAUCCAUCCAAUUGCCUGGUUCCAAUAUCACAUUGGACCUGCUGCUGAAGGACUCCUCGUUCUCUGCACUGGAGGGCCGGGUUAGUGAGGAGACUCUAAAGGCCGUAGAGGAGAUGGGGUUCACCAAGAUGACAGAGAUACAGGCCAAGGCCAUCCCACCGCUGCUAGAGGGUCGAGACGUUGUGGCUUCUGCAAAGACCGGCUCCGGCAAGACCCUUGCCUUCCUGAUUCCUGCUAUAGAACUUGUACACAAGCUACAGUUCAUGCCUAGAAAUGGAGUUGGAUGUAUCAUCAUCUCCCCCACCAGAGAACUGUCCAUGCAGACGUUUGGCGUGUUGAAGGAGCUGAUGACCCACCAUCACCUCACCUAUGGCCUUAUAAUGGGUGGUGCCAGCAGGUCCACUGAGGCACAGAAACUGGCUAAAGGUAUCAACAUCUUAGUGGCCACCCCAGGACGCCUGCUGGACCAUCUUCAGAACACUCCAGAUUUCCUGUACAAGAACCUGCAGUGCUUGGUGAUUGACGAGGCUGACAGGAUCCUGCAGAUCGGCUUUGAGGAAGACAUGAAACAGAUCAUCAACCUUCUACCCA